GGUAGGCGAGUCGGUGGAAAAUGAUUGGAGGGAGGCGGUUAUCUGAUGCUAAUUUAACACUUUAUCGCCAUGAAUUGUGUUUCAUUUUGAGUAAAGUCGUGUUGUUGUCUUUUUUAAACGUGUACCGAGCAGUAGUCCGUGAUAUGUGCUGACCGUCGAGGCUUUUAGAGACGGUUAAAGCGGUGAAAUCAGCGGCGGAGCGCAGCCUUCCACACGGACAGGAUGCCUCGGGGCAACAAGACCCCUCUGAUCCAGAAGAUCGCAAAGCAGGCCUACAUCACCUAUAAAGGCUUUAAGAGUGAAUCUAACGGGGAUAACAACCUGUUACCGGACAGACACUCGGAACUCCUCUCUUUAGUCACCGCCAUCAGAGCCGCCGACCUCAAAAUCCCACCACGGAAAGCCAAAGCGAGCCCCGGGCCAUCGGGGCCCCACAACCCCCCGGUCACCUACAUGCACAUCUGUGAGACGGAGGUGUUCAGCAUGGGCGUGUUCCUGCUCCGGACCGGGGCCUCCAUCCCGCUGCACGACCACCCGGGCAUGAACGGGAUGCUCAAGGUGCUAUAUGGGAAGGUGAGCGUCCGUUGCUUCGAUAAGCUGGAGGAUCCCCCGUCGGUCAGCCUGCCUCAGUUUGACCCUCCCCUUGCUCCUCCACAGACGGCCUCCGUGCGGCGCUCCGUCCUGCGCUCGGUGGCUGAGUACUCGGAGAGCAGCGGGCCGUGCCUCCUCACUCCUCUGAGGCAUAACCUCCAUCAGAUCGACGCCGUGGACGGGCCCACCGCCUUCCUCGACAUCCUUGCCCCUCCGUAUGACCCAGAUGACGGGCGGGACUGUCACUACUACAGAGUCCUGCACGCGGAGGGGGAGGGGGAGGCAGGCGGGAGGAAGAGGGAGGAGGGGGAGGUGGAGGAGACGUGGCUGCUGGAGGUCCCUCAGCCGGAGGACUUCUGGUGUGGAGGGGAGGUGUACCCCGGCCCUGUGGUGUCUGUCUGAUCCCUGCUGAGAGGGACAGCGAUAACACGAUUUCAUCCAUCCACAGGGGGGCGCUCUGAACUGCCCCCCAUCCACCCCCACCCCCCCACCCACAGGAGAGUCAUAUCACCUGGACUUCAGAGGGGAGGAGUGGCUUGCUCAGGGACACUUGAGCAGGGAAGCAUGAACUCGAAGGAUAAUCCUCCUUCCUGAGGAGCAGCUCCUCUCGUCUCCUCUGACUGACGAUCCAAACGUUCUGUGAAUGUUUGUUCUUCUUCUCUGCUGCAGACAACCUCACACAUUCUCACCUGAACGCCAAAGCCUGAGAGGCGGGGCGGGGCGAUCUGGCAACAACCGUCCCCGUUAUUAUUGUAAACCUGCAGACAGUCUGAGAUCUGAUGCUGCUGUGAAGAGUGUCCUGAUGAUAACAGACAGUUUAUUAUGAAUUAUUAACAUGUACUUCUUGUUUCUGACGUCAAUGUGAAAACAGCAGCUUCAUGAAUCAACAGGAAGGGCUCAUGGAACGUUUCUAUGGCGUGUUUUUAAACGACAUAAUCUCCAUUAUUUUAAGAUCGAAGGCAUCAAAAAGAACCAGAUCUAAAAACACAUGCACACCUUAAUGUACAGAAACAUGGUCAGUGUGACUUCAGAGUUCAUCAGGUGUUUGAAUUCUCCUCCAGCUCACCUCGUCAGGACACAACCACAGAUAAAACAUGAAACAAAAUACGGUUACAAUCACAGUGUUACCUGGUAAGGCCCCGUGUCCACCUGGCGUUUGUUCUGGACAGGAAAGUGCCGGCUGUGCGCUCGGGAGCGUUUGCAUGAAGCGUUUAUGUGCUGAGAAGAAAAGCGCUGCGUGUCCGUCCUGUCUCCAUGACAACAGUCUGUUGACAACGGCCGCUGUAUGACCCACACUGCUCCGUUACUUUUCACUGCAUGUUUUAUAUUUGAGGUCGUUUAUGUCCGAUCAGACACGAUCCAUUGGCGGCUAAAAUACGGGGGAAUAUCAAACAUUUGGAAAAGAGCGCCGGUGACUUCAACAGCGCCUUUCUGAAAGGUUGAACGAUUUCCAACUUCGCUUGGAGAAGUCACACAAAAACAAAAAAAACGAGUGCCUUUUCUCCUGGUGGCUGCUGUCUGCUGUGAACGCUCUCCACUCAUUGAAAACAAUCGAAAAAAAGACACUGGCGCUCAGAGAGAAACGCCAUGUGGACACGGGGACUAAAUGAGUCUGUUUGGCUCGGUUUGUUUCUAAAAACAUCAGAGAUCUUUAGAGUGCUGCUGACAUCCGUCCGUUUGACUGACAGCUUCAGACUGUAGUUCAACGUGUUCAUAAUGUGUUCAAAGGUCAUCAUCAUCAUCAAGGGUAAUGAGGACUGAGCUGCUUGAUCGCCCGCCCUGCGUAUCUCUCUUCUUACCUGCCUUAUGUGUGAUUAUUGAAUGUAAACUUUUUCUACACGUGUUUAUUUUCCUAAAGUGCACACACACUAAAUCACAUAGAUUUAUAUGUAUAUAUAUAUAUAUAUAUAUACUUUAUUUUUAUGCUUAAAUCAUUCCUGCUCCUUCUCUCGUCUAAUUGGUUAAAGGAGGCUCUGAGUCACUCACAGGUAUAGUCUGAAUGUCUCCAGUAGGUUUGUAAGCCUGAGCAGCUGUUACAUCAUCCCUCAGUUCAAACAGAGCAGAGGGUCCUGGUACCUCCCACAGCCCAGGAGGAGGCGCUGCUGCACUCACCUGUGAGGUACAUUAAGAAACAACCAAUGAGGCAGCAGCAGACCAACAGCUCCUAACAUCUCUGUUUUUAUGAAGUGUGUUUGUAGAGAGGGAUGUCACUAGAAGGUCUCUCUCUGUAAUGAUGUCACGCUUAGAAUAACAACCGGAGCCUGUCAGGGACAAACAUGACGACUUUGAGUGGACGCACGCUUCAUUGAUAUAAAUCUAAAACCACCGCCCAGGUUUUAAAAACUAACCUGACGUGACCUCUGAGGAGAUGAAGCUGAUGUUCAGCUCUCACUCUGUAUUCUGUGACUCAGCUGUCAGAACCGACCCGGAGUCAUGUGACACUUCAAGACGCACUGACUUCACUGCUUUGUACUUGUGGCUUCUUAAACACUUACCUGAGCUCAGUGUCCUCCUUCAGCCUCACACACACAUACACACACACACACACACACACAGCCUCAGACACACACAGCCUCACACACACACAGCCUCAGACACACAGCCUCACACACGCACAGCCUCAGACACACACACACACACACACACACAGCCUCAGACACACACAGCCUCAGACACACAGCCUCAGACACACACAGCCUCAGACACACACACACACACACACACACACAGCCUUACACACUCACACACACAGCCUUACACACACACACACAACCUCACACACACACAGCCUUACACACACACACACAGCCUCACACACACACAGCCUUACACACACACACACAGCCUCACACACACAGCCUUACACACACACACACAGCCUCACACACAUACACACAGCCUCUCUCACACACACACACACACACACACAGCCUCUCACACACACACACACACACACACACAGCCCCUCACAAACACACACAGCCUCUCACACACACAGCCUCUCUCACACACACACACACACACACAGCCUCUCACACACACACACAGCCCCUCACACACACACACACAGCCUCUCUCACACACACACAGCCUCUCUCACACACACAGCCCCUCACACACACACACUCACACACACACACACUGGUCUGUGUGACCAUGAUUGUGUUACUCUGAUGAUGUAGAAUGUACAAUAAUAAACUCCAUGUGAAUGAU